GUCAGCCUGAAUUCUAUGCAUUUCGCUGCUGCACUAUGAGGAAGAGAGUGCAAAAGCUAUGCCAGGAACAGCGUGUGCCACUCUGAUUUCCAGACAUGAACCUCCGCUCUCAUCACUUGCUUGCUUUCUGUAGCGGCAACAUGGGCUAAGUGUCAGUUUGCUCUGCAGCCUUUGUUCUUAUGCAUUUUGCUUUAAGACUGAAAUAGGGGGGAAUGAGCUCACAGACUGUCUGCUUUUUUAAUGUUACUCCUGGUUAUUUGGACUCUGACUUCGGCUGGAGAGUGACAUCAUCUGAUUGAGGAUGCCUUACUGAGGACCCUGUGCAAAAACCGAAAUGAUGGUGCUGUGCGCUCCGGCUUCUUUCUUCAUCUGCUCUAUCCCCAGACGUUUCCAAUGGGCCUGACUAGUAGGAGCUGUCCAAGGUGCUGGAAUGCUCACUGCUCUCUGUGGUGGAAGAGGACGGAUUGCAAAGCUAAAGAAGAGACUGUUUAUUUGGGAAGAAGGUAGGCACUCUCUUUGUUCCACUAUCCCCGAUUAAUCUCCACUACAAAAGCAUCAACAGAAAGCAGCAGCCAGAGAGGGAGUGCGAGUCUGCCGGCUUUCACAGGGGAGGGAGUACACCAUGAGCCAGACUGCUUUCUCUAAGUAGGAAUGGGAGACACAUCAUUGACUGAGGAAUAAGCCAUUUCCAAUAGAUUGCGAUUUAUUUCAUAUUUUCUAUAUAUUUUUGCCUCCUCAGAGUAUAUUCAAAUGAGGCACCACGGACAGCUGAGUGUGAUUGCAUUUGAUGGUGCUGCAAUUUUGUGUGUAGUAAAGUGGAAAGACAGUAUACACGCUCUUCUCUCUUGGACCACAGAUCAGGGUGUAAUUGGCACACACCCAUUAUCUAUGCGCUCAUAGUGUUGCAUCUGAAUUUAAAGAGAAAACAUUUCAUUUUAUUUGCAUCUCUCCACCAACACUGUAGCCAACUUUAAGGCCAAAGCCUUUAUUGAGAAGGUUAAUAGGAUACCAUUAUCUAAGGAUGCAGGAUUGGACACUGUGGACUACUUCAUGGUAAAAUGCACUUUAGCUGAAGAAAGACAGUACACAUUUAAGUCUGCUGUAUGGUGCUGAAAUAUCCUUUCAGAUUGCACUGAGACCAACCCUGAGGAAGGGCUUCUGGUGAUAAAAAAAAAAGUCACAUUUGAUUAUUAUUCUGCUCGGCUAGACAAUUGUUUUCGGGCAACUUACCUGCUUUGAGAUUAUCUCCUGCAAGAUCAUGAGUACAAAUCAAGAGGACGAUACUCUGGGCACAUUUCUGCAAUAUAUUGAAGAUAUGGGGCUUAAGGCCUACGAUGGUUUGGUAAUUCAAAACGCAUCAGACAUUGCUCGAGAAAAUGAUCGUUUGAGGAAUGAAACGAAUCUGGCUUACUUGAAAGAAAAAAAUGAAAAACGUCGGAAGCAAGAGGACGUUAUUAAGCGCAUUGGCGGAGAGGUUGUACGAGGAAGUGAAGGGAGUUACGUCAGUAAACAUUUCCGCAUGGGAUUUAUGACCAUGCCUGCACCACAAGACCGGCUGCCGCAUCCAUGUUCUAGUGGAUUUUCUGUGCGUUCACAGUCACUCCAUUCUGUUGGUGGUGCUGAUGAUGACAGCAAUGGUUGUUCUCGGAAACAACCGCCUCCAAAGCCAAAACGAGACCCAAACACGAAGCUAAGCUUUUCUUCCGAGACUGUUAAUUCUGCAACACUAGGCAAGAGUCCAAAGUUCACAGACAGGACAGAUGUGGCAGCAAAGCAAAGACCCCACAGCGAUGAAUAUACGAAGAAGAUUCCUCCACCAAAACCCAAGCGAAACCCAACCACUCAUCUUAGCACAUCAUUUGAUGAGACAUACAUUAAAAAACAUGGUCCAAUGAAGAGUAGUUUGUUUAGAGAAGCAUCUUCAUCUCAAAUCUACAGUUCUACUCUAGGCAGACAGGAAGAACCUGUUUAUAUAGAAAUGGUAGGAAAUAUUUUAAGGGACUUUAAAAGGGAUGAGGAAGACCAAUGUGAAGCAGUAUAUGAAGAAAUGAAAUACCCCAUAUUUGACGAUGUAGGACAAGAUACCAGAUAUCUCUAUGACUUAGAUCAAGUAAGUUGCUCUUCUCAGUGUGCUACUCCCACAGUGCCUGACUUAGAAUUCACAAAGUCCUCCGUGCCAUCAACACCCAAGGGCCAGGUUUGUGACAUUCCCCCUCCAUUUCCAAAUCUACUUUCUCAAAGGCCUCCUUUAUUGGUGUUUCCACCAGCACCAGCACAAUGUUCACCAAAUUCAGAUGAAUCUCCUUUAACUCCCCUUGAAGUUGCAAAGCUUCCUGUAUUGGAAAAUGUGGCUUAUAUCAAGCAGCAAGCUGCUGCUUCACCAUCUCCACUACCAACAGCCACUACAGGACAUCAGAAAGUGGAAAAAGACCAAACUAUUGUGUCCCAUGGAACUACUUCAUCUGGUCAUUCAUCUUCACCACCACAUCCUUCAAACACAUACAGAACACAGUCUCCACAUGGUUACCCUAAAAGUCAUUCUGCUUCUCCCUCUCCUGUGAGCAUUGGUAGGUCUCUGACUCCUCUAAGCCUCAAAAGACCUCCACCCUAUGAUUCUGUGAAUUCAGGAAGUUUAUCAAGAAGUUCUCCAUCAGUGCCUCAUUCUAGAAACACGAUACAAGAAGGGAAGUCAAUCAAUGCAUCUACCAGUACAUACUGUUCAUUGCAAAGCAACUCACGUUCUAGAACACCGACAAGUCCCCUGGAAGAAUUAUCAAACCUCUUUACCUCAGGAAGGAGUCUGCUGAGGAGGCCCUCCAGUGGAAGACGUUCUAAAGAACCUUCUGAGAAACCAUCAGAGGAAAUGAAGGUUAGAAGUCACAGUACAGAACCUUUACCAAAGUUGGAAAACAAAGAGCGACCUGGUCACCAUUCAUCACCAUCCUCCAGAGAAUCGAUCAAGUCUCAGGAAUGGGAUGGAACAUCGGGCACAACACAUAUUUCCUGUAGACUUGGAAGAUCGUCUGUGAGUCCAACCAUGCUGGCAGGAAACAAUAGCUCAGAAAUGAAAAUAAGCUGCAAAUUAGGUCGUUCUGCUUCAACUUCAGGUGUGCCUCCUCCUUCAGUUACUCCCCUCAGGCAAGCCAAUGAGCACCAACAGAGCCAGAUGCCGCCUAUGCAGUGGCUUUAUGGUGACCACACAAUGAUGGACAUGAUUGAGAAAAAGCGUACUCUGUGCAAAGAGAUUAAAUCGCGUCAAAAAACGGAAAAGGGACUUUGUAAGCAAGAAAGUAUGCCUAUCCUGCCCAGCUGGAAGAAGAGUAAAGGCUCAAAGAAGUACAGCCCACCUCCCUAUUCCAAACAGCAAACUGUCUUCUGGGAUACUGCUAUAUGACACAGGCAUAGUCUAAAGAUUCAUUCACAUGACCAUGAGGUUUGAAUUGCACAAGUAGCGAGAGCGGCUACAUUUCAUGCACAGGGCACAUCCAAGUUCUCAUGGCCACUGUUCAUCUAUUGCAAAUCAAAGAAGACUGACCUACCUACUCCAUGUCACAGAUAUUUAUCAAGAUUUUUUAAAGGAUGUAUACAAUAAUAUAUAAUGUAAAUAAUGAUUAAGUUUGACUAAAAAGCAAAUACACGGAUAGAAAAAAAAAAGAAACAAAUUGCAAUUUACAAUUAAUUUUGAUAUUUUCUGUCAUGUACGAAAUGUAAUGUUGGUUUAAUAUCUAUUUUCUGUACUAUUUUAUCGUUUUAUUUGAUUGUUGAUUUGAAAUUUUUAUUGAGGCAUGCAUUUUUUUUUUUUACAUAAGUCAGUUAUAUUAACUACAAGAAUUACCCAAUACUUGUUUACUAAAGGAGAAGCAGGAAGAUUACAGAUAUAAAUAUUUAUUUGCUUGUUCACAUCACAAUGGAAAUGUCAUUGAUUGUUAGUGAGAAAUCUUAAAGGGCAUACUACCUAUAGAGUCUAAUGCUUAUUUUUCUGCAUAACCCUUGUUUCAUAGUUAUCAGCUGUCCCUACUUUUCAGGAACAGUCCCAUGUUUUAGAGUUUUGUUUUUAUUAUUGUAACAAACAUUUCCUAUAAUUCUGCGUAUUGUAUGCAAUUCUCUCAUUCUGUUCUUAUGCUUUAUAUGUUAAUAUUGUUGAAGUGGAGUAUUAGAAAUGCAAAAUGAACACUUUAUACACAAGUUAUGCAGUGCAGCAUGGUUCACCCAGGCAAUAUCGCUCCCCAUGCACUUAGCUGCGCCUACACUGCAGUAUAGUGU